AUGACUCAAACUGAGAAAACUACUUUCAAAUUUAUUGUGUGGGUCCAAUUGUUACUGUUUUCUCAUGUAUCAGAUGAUACAGGAAAUCGACUUCGGUUCCAGCUGGAGUUAGAGUUUGUUCAAUGUCUGGCAAAUCCGAAUUACCUCAACUUUCUUGCACAAAGAGGCUACUUCAAAGAUAAAGCUUUUGUAAAUUACCUUAAAUACUUACUUUAUUGGAAAGAACCUGAAUAUGCAAAAUACCUGAAGUAUCCUCAAUGUUUGCAUAUGUUAGAGCUGCUCCAGUAUGAACAUUUCCGCAAAGAACUGGUAAAUGCUCAGUGUGCUAAAUUUAUUGAUGAACAACAAAUUCUUCACUGGCAGCACUAUUCACGGAAAAGAAUGCGCCUCCAGCAAGCACUUGCAGAGCAGCAGCAACAAAACAACACCUCUGUAAAAUGAAAAACAUUUGGAAGACUGAUGAUAAGGUGUACUUUCUGUCAGCUGAAGUAUUUACAAGAGGAACGAACCCUUUUGUACAUUGGGCUCUGUGUGUGCGUACAUUUAAUUUUUGAUUUAUCAAGUGACUUUUUUUUUUCUUUCAUCAACUUUUUUAAAGAUAGAAUAAAUGACUUCUGCCAUUUAUUUUUUA